AGGUAGGACAGAUCACCAUAAAAUCAUAAUAAGCACAUGCUGUAACUCUUUCUCAUUUUUUCUUCUGCUUCUAGAUCCUAGGUUAUUUUACCUAAGUUAAGUGAUGGAAACAUAACACUAAAGAAAAAAAAAUCACCUUUGUGUCUUUGGCAUUCAUAUUUGUGUGAAUCUAGGAUGUUCCAAGAAAACACAUCAGCCAAUUGCUUAAGUAUAAUAACAACAUCUACUGAAGAUGGUGCUUUCGAAAAAAAAGGCCAUAGUGCAAGAAUCCUUAGCGCAGAAGAGGCUGAGAGACUGACAAAAGAUCGGGUUUUGGUGUCUGAGUUCAAACAACUAAAACUGGAGAAAGAGGCACAGAAGAACUGGGAUCUAUUUUACAAAAGAAACAGCACCAACUUCUUCAAAGACAGACAUUGGACAACCAGAGAAUUUCAAGAGUUAAAAGCAUGUCGGGAGUUUGCAGAUCAGAAACUGACCAUUCUGGAAGCAGGCUGUGGGGUUGGGAACUGCUUGUUUCCACUCUUAGAAGAAGAUCUGAAUAUUUUUGCAUAUGCCUGUGAUUUCUCUCCUAGAGCUGUUGAGUAUGUGAAGAAAAAUGCCUUAUACAGUACUGAAAGAUGUAAAGUGUUCCAGUGUGAUCUUACCAAAGAUGAUCUUCUAGAAAAUAUACCAGCAGAUUCUGUGGAUGUUGUCACACUUAUAUUUGUGCUUUCUGCCAUUCAUCCUGACAAAAUGCAUUUUGUCUUGAAGAACAUUUACAAGGUAUUAAAACCCGGCAAGUGUGUCUUGUUUAGAGACUAUGGACUGUAUGAUCAUGCAAUGCUCAGGUUUAAAUCUGGCAGCAAACUUGGAGAAAACUUUUAUGUUAGACAAGAUGGGACAAGAUCGUAUUUUUUUACUGAAGAGUUCUUGUCUCAGCUUUUCAAGGCUGAGGGAUAUGAGCAAGUGGUCAAUGAAUAUGUGCAGCGAGAAACUGUGAAUAGAAAAGAAGACUUACGUGUUCCAAGAGUUUUUCUUCAAAGCAAAUUUCAAAAGCCUUUCAGUAAGACAUAAGUUCUUGCUGAUUAGCAACAGCAUUACUUGUUUGAAAUGGAAGCUAGCACGUAGUUUUUCCUUCUAUGUAUCUUUCUGGUAAACCAGAAAUGACUGCAUCCAGUACUUCUUGUUGAUUUUCAGUGAAAUAUGAAUGCUAUUUCUAAUUCAAAUUUAAGACAGUUUAGUGAUGCAGGCAACCUGUUGAAUAUCUGUAUUCCUGCUUCUAAAGUAAAUCAUGUGCAGCAUUGUUGGAGGAUCAGGUAAAUAAAAUACCAUUGUUAUUUGAAAG